AGCCCCCGAAGGCCAGGGUUACUUCCUGCCUUUUGUAACUUUACUGUACACAACAUAGAAUUACAGCGAUCGCGGCGGUGGCUUCUCUCACUUGAUGAACUCAAAGCUACCCAGAACUAGUCAUGACUCUACAGGAGCAGCAGGAGUUCACAGACAACCUGGAUUCAGCCAAGUCCUGGAUGAAAGCCAUCCAAGAGAGGCUGAAGGCCAAUGACAACACGCAGGGCCCCCGUCAGGCUCUGGAGGCCAGACUUAGGGAGACAGAGAAGAUCCGCCAGUCAGAGGAAGAAGGCCGUGUGAAGAUGGACAUGGUGCUGGUGGCUGCUGAGCAGCUUCUGCAGGAUGGAAAUGAAGAGCUCAGGAACCACACCCAUACUCAGCUCAAAGACCUGAAAGGCCUCUGGGAAGAGACCUGCACCUACAUCACCCACUGUCACAGUCGCAUAGAGUGGGUGUGGCUGCACUGGAGCGAGUACCUGAAGGCCUACCAAGAGUUUGAGCUGUGGUUGACAAAGCAGCAACGAAGCCAUGAUGUCGAGCUAGAAGCGCAGCUGGGAGUGAAAGAGAAGCUUUGGCAGGUCGAUCAGCAGAGGGUGGUGGUGAGUGAUAUCAAAGGCCAGGCGGUGCUACUGGAGAGGCUGCUGGAUGAGGCAGCUGCUCUGCACAACAGAACCCAGGACCCCAGUGUGGAUCCUCAGGCCCAGGAGAGACUGCAGGAAGCGUACAAUCAUGUCAGAGACAGAGCUGAGGAACGUCUUUCACUGCUUCAGAAGAUCUGCGAGCAACACCAGACACACCAAGGUUGUGUUCAGAGGUUCCAGUCCUGGCUGCUGUCAAAAACCAAGGAACUGACUGAAGUGAUGGGGAGGAAUGACACAGCUGAGGAAAAGCUCAAAGCAUUAAAAGCUCUGGAUGACAGUGUGGCCUGUGAGGAGAAGGCCCUGCUGGAUAUUGAAGGUAUGGUGGAAAGCCUCAGGCCCAACACGUCUCCUGCGGGAGUGGAAGAAGUGGUUGAAGAGGCGGAGGAACUGAGGCUGGGCUGGCAGAGACUGAGGGAGGGUCUUUGCAAGGCAGAUGAAGGCCUCCGCUCCAGCCUGGAUACUCACAGUCAGUACAUGACCCGGUGCCAGCGGCUGGGAGACGAUAUCGGCCGCCUCAGAGAGCAGCUCAAAGGGCUGGACCAGGAACUGGAGGAGACCCAGGACUGCAGGGAUCGCAUUGACCACACUGAAGAGCAAAUGGUUGGCCAGUGGACAAAAUACACGGGUGUGAGGAAUACUUUAGCAGGGGAAGAAUCCCAGGUGGAGCUGCUCAAGGCUCAGCUCAGGGAGCUCUUCAGGUUCUCAGAGGACUCGCGUCACCUUUCUCAUGAUGUCUUGGCUGUUGUUAAAGAACAUCAAAGGUAUUGUCUCCUGAAGGAAAGUGUCCAGCUGCAGGAGCGCUUCAGUCUACUGGAAGUGAAAGGGGACCUGCUAGACUCUGUGUUUGGUCCUGAGAGGUCUGAUGGACUGCAGAGCGAACUGAGCACUGCCAUGAGGAACAGAGAACUGUUGCAUGUUCAGCUGCAGCAGAGGAAGAGCAGGCUGCAGGCAUUCAUUUCAAGAACCAAGGACUUCACUGACACCUACAAGCUGAUGUGCUCAAAGUUGUCCAGUAUCAAAGGCAGACUGAUGACAGCUGAUGGGCUACAGCCUGACAUUCUCGCCAAAAAAAGCCAGUCAGACCAGUUUGGGGUCAUCCUGAAGGAUGUAGAAGACUAUGAAGCCCAGAUUAUGGCACUUGAGACUCUGGUCUCCUCCAGUCAGACCAACAGGAUUCAGUUUGAGAAACUCUGUGAUGAAUGGAAACAUCUGCACAUUGCAGUCAAGGCAAAGGUAGAUGAGAGUGACAAAAUUGUUGCAGAACACGAGAGGUUCCAUGACAGCCUUCUAAACAUCGAGAAGUGGCUGAUGAUCAUGAAGCAGAAGCUGAUGUCCUUCCACAGCCCAACAGGAGAGUGGAGCAUAGAGGGGCGCCGGCAUGAAGCUGAGAGAGCACUGGGAGAGUUCCCAGAGAAGGAGCUCCAGCUGCAGCAGGUGGAUAUUCAGGGUCAGGGAGUUUUAAAGAAGACUUCUGAGGAGGGGCAGGUCCAUAUUCUUGGAGACAUGAAGCGCCUAAAAGACUCUUGGUUGGCCCUGUACGAAAUGAGUCUGAAUCUGCACAGUUUCCAGGAGAGCCGAGGACACCAUGAAUCCAGGAGGAAGGAGUUUGAUUCUUGGCUGUUCAAACAGAAUGAACUCCUCUCUGAGAUUCUCAGCUCCACAGGAGCAGCACACAGCGCCAAAAAUGUCCGACUCAAGCAGGAUACACUCAAGGUGAGCUUUAACCCUGUAUUACUUCUUUAUCAGCAGAAACCUGGACUGCUGCAGCGGGUUUGUCGGUUGGCUCUUCCUCUGUGGCUCCUCUUCCUCGCUCUGCUGCUCCUGGCCUUCUUGCUGCCCCUCAUGGAUGAAGGCAAUAGCUGCUCUCUCUCUAACAACUUUGCCCGAUCCUUCAACAUCAUGCUCCGCUACGAAGGACCUCCACCCACAUAGGAGAUUUCCUGUGACAACAGAAGACAACAGAAGACUCUGAUGGGCUGUGGAUUAUGUAGGAAAUGUUGACUUGAUUACCUAAGACCCGGCAUUCCCCUGUGAUUGAAGAUCAUAUGUAACUGUACUGGACCACAGAGCUGGUCUACCCAAACUUCAGUCUAAAGUCUGCAGUGCGUAUCUCUCUGUGACAGAUCGAGUCUAAACGAAUAGUGCAACCUAGAGCAUCGAGUGUAUGCAAACAUUUUGCAUUCUGCACUGCAUGGUUAAAUGUCUUCUAAGGUUUUCUCACUAUAUGAAACCAUGAUCUCAUAACCAUGUGUAAAACUGCCCAUUACAUUAGAAGUAUUAAUUGGCACAUCAGUCAUUCUUAAUCUUCUCAUUUACAGAUGUGAAGUGUCUAUGAAGACAGGAGAAAGCUCAACAUCUAUAAAAUCCAUCCCGCAUAGCCCUGACAUGCUUUUGAGUUUGAGCUUGGGACUUUUAGAUUCGUUCAAUUCUUUUUUUCUUUUUUUUUUCAUUUAGUAUCAUUUUUACCAGACUCACAUGAAUCUAAUUUUCUUACUUUGAAAAUUUGAGGAGACGUGGAUCAGUGCUUGUUUACCAUUUGAUUGGAGACUGAUUAUCAGCUGACUGGGAUUGUUUUAGUUUGACUAUUUAAAUCCACCAAAGAGAGAUUUAGAAAUUAAAACAUGACGAGCCAAAGUCACAGUUUUGUUGAACAAGAAGGCUGAAACCAAAGACUGUAGCAGCGAUGCUAGACACGGUACUUUGGCGUUUAUACAUUUUAAAUGACAAAUAUCUUACCAUAUUUCCUCAAAUAAACCCUUGUCGCAAUUUAAAAGCUUUAUUUCUAAUGGUUGCCAAAGGUCGAGUCAACAGGAAUAUUAAAGGCUCAAAUCAGAGCCUUUAUACUUAAAAAAAUAAAUAAAAGCCCUGUAAACUGAAGCUCCAGGACCUUUAAUGUCACUCAGAACAUUUUUAUUAUAUUUGCAGACAGUCUGGGUUUUUCUGUUUCUUUGUUUCAACAUGCUCACUGUUUGCUUGUGUUUUGAAGUUGUGACAUCAUCAGUGCAGCUGACUACAGUUCCUGUGUUGAUCAUCAUGCUGAUGCUCUGCUCAUCUACGUAAAGAGUAAAGGAGAAGCUCCUGGUGACUCUCUGAUAACUGUCAUGGCCACUUUUCACAGUAAUGCAUUCCCUUCAUUUGUGGUCACUGUUGGAGUAAAUACAGUAGUUUGGAUUAGACCGCCCUUGUAUUCUGACUUCUGGGGAGGAACAUGGACUCUUUAAUACUGUCUUUAAAAAGUCUCCAGGUCAUGCUAUGCUUCCAUUUGUCUUAUCUGUUUCUUAGGACAGCAUCUGAAAUAACUGAGAAUGAGAGCGAGCAGGCCAUUGCAGUUGAUCAAAGAAGCCUUGCUUGUAAGAAAGAACAAAAGAGUCUAUAGCUCAGUGCACUGAUGAUGUCAGAAUAGAGUAAAAUGUGCCAAAGGGUGGAUGGGUAUUCCUGUUGCCGGCCAAGUGUCCAUGUUUAAUGAUGUAUCGAGCUGGAAAUCACUUCU